AUGAAUAACAGUAGUACUUUAAAUACACCAUCAGAAACACCAAGAGAGACUUCACCAAACGAGAUUAUCCCCAAAGACAAAGUUACUGGGGAUAAUAAAGUGACAGUAGAGGAUAAUAAAGUUUUACCGUGGGAUAAAACAGAUCAUGAGAUUAAAAUUAGAAGUUUUAGUGGAUAUACAAUCAAAUUAAAUGGUUGGAUUAGACAUGAUAUUAGAAAUCAAAGACUGAAAGAAACUAAAAAGAAUGAAGCAAAGGAAAAAGACAAAGAAAUAAAUAAUGCAGAUAAGGAGAAAGAUGAGAUUAAUAAAGAAAGUAAAGAAACAACAAAAGAACAAGAUGGGUCUAAAGAUAAAAAUAUAUGA